AGGAUCUGGGAUUUUUGAUCCAUUUGUAACCUUUGAACCUCACCUAAGAGGUGUCAUCUUGGAUGGAGAGAGACACAACAUGUGCUAGACGAUCCUUCUUCUUUACCUUCUUGAUUGAUGUAACAAUGGAUCUCAAAAGACACCGUAACCUCCAAGGACUCUUCUACUGAUCACCUCCUAAUUUGCUGAGAGACUCUUCCGAAUUAAAAACGAAAGUAAAACUGGAAAUGUCUCCUCACUUGGUCGACGUGGGUGGGAGAACCGUCCGUGUUGGUUUAUCUUCGCUGAUUCUUCUCACUUUCUUCUUGGUCACAUUGGCAGCAAGACCCAAAGGCCCAGGCCAUACACACCUGAACUCUAUCCGCAUUGAUGGAGACAUCUCUCUGGGGGGUCUGUUCCCAGUUCAUGCCCGGGGCCACAACGGAAAGCCAUGUGGGGAGCUGAAAAAGGAGAAGGGCAUUCAUCGUCUGGAGGCCAUGCUCUUCGCUCUGGACUGCAUCAACAACGAUCAUGAGCUGCUUCCCAACAUCACUCUGGGGGCCCGAAUUCUGGACACCUGCUCGCGGGACACUCACGCUCUUGAGCAGUCUCUCACUUUUGUCCAGGCGCUUAUAGAGAAGGACGGGACAGAUGUGAAGUGUCAAGGUGGUGGAUCGCCCAUCAUCACCAAGCCGGAGAGAGUUGUAGGUGUGAUCGGCGCGUCCUCCAGCUCGGUGUCCAUCAUGGUGGCCAACAUCCUUCGCCUGUUUAAGAUCCCCCAGGUGAGCUAUGCUUCGACAGCGCCGGAGUUGAGCGACAACACGCGCUACGACUUCUUCUCUCGAGUGGUUCCUCCGGACACCUACCAGGCCCAGGCCAUGGUUGACAUAGUGCGGCACAUGGGCUGGAACUACGUCUCCACGGUAGCUUCCGAGGGGAAUUAUGGAGAAAGCGGAGUGGAUGCCUUCAUCCAGAAGUCCCGCGAGGAUGGGGGUGUGUGUAUCUCCCAGUCGGUUAAAAUCCCUCGUGAGCCCAAAGCAGGAGAGUUUGACAAGAUCAUUCACCGGCUGGGAGAAAACCCCAAUGCCAGAGUGGUCAUUAUUUUUGCAAAUGAGGAUGAUAUAAGGAGGCUACUGCAAGCAGCAAAGAAAGCCAAUCUGACCGGUCACUUCUUGUGGGUAGGGUCAGAUAGCUGGGGUUCUAAGAUAUCUCCAGUGCUCCACCAGGAGGAGAUGGCUGAGGGAGCAGUGACUAUCUUACCAAAACGUCAGUCCAUUAAAGGGUUUGAUCGUUACUUCAUCAGCCGAACACUGGAAAACAACAGGAGGAACAUCUGGUUUGCGGAGUUCUGGGAGAACAAUUUCAACUGCAAGCUCAACCGCCAUGCCUUGAAGAAAGGAUCCGGCAUAAAGAAAUGCACAAAUCAGGAGAGGAUUGGGAAAGACUCGUCAUACGAGCAGGAGGGCAAAGUGAUGUUCGUGAUCGAUGCGGUUUACGCCAUGGCUCAUGCACUCCAUAACAUGCACAGUGACCUGUGUCCUGGAAAGGUCGGGCUUUGCUCCAAAAUGGACCCUAUUGAUGGAAGUCUCCUGUUAAAGUACAUCCGCGAUGUCAAGAUCACAGGCAUUGCUGGCAAUCCAGUGCAGUUCAAUGAGAAUGGGGAUGCCCCAGGUCGGUAUGAUAUCUAUCAGUACCAGAUAAAUAACAAAACGGCAGAGUACAAAAUCAUCGGCCACUGGACUGACCAGCUCAACCUUAAUAUGCCAGCGAUGCAGUGGCCAGGCGGUGCAAGGCAAGUGCCCUCCUCCAUAUGCAGCCAGCCCUGCAAGCCAGGCUGGCGCAAGAAGAUUGUGAAGGGUAUCCCCUGCUGCUGGCACUGCGAGCGCUGUGAUGGAUACCAAUACCAGGCCGACCCGUUCACUUGCAAGAUGUGCCGCUUUGACAUGCGUCCCAACAAGACCCACACAGGCUGCCAGAAAAUUCCCAUUGUCCAGCUGGAGUGGAGCUCACCAUGGGCGGUCAUACCUGUCCUCAUCGCUAUAGUGGGCAUCAUGGCGACCUUGUUUGUGGUGGUCACUUUUGUACGCUACAAUGACACACCGAUUGUGAAGGCAUCAGGACGGGAGCUCAGCUAUGUCCUGUUGACGGGCAUCUUCCUCUGCUACGCCACAACUUUCCUGAUGAUUUCUACUCCUGGUGUUGGGAUCUGCUCGCUUCGACGUAUCUUUCUUGGCCUGGGAAUGAGUAUAAGCUACGCUGCUUUGCUAACUAAAACCAACCGAAUUUACCGUAUUUUCGAGCAAGGGAAGAUGUCAGUGAGUGCCCCUCGCUUCAUCAGCCCAGCAUCCCAGCUGGUCAUCACCUUCAGCUUGAUCUCAGUACAGCUCUUAGGGGUCUGUAUCUGGUUUGCAGUGGACCCUCCUCAAGCCUUCAUUGACUAUGAGGACCAGCGCAUGGCUAACCCGGAACUAGCAAGGGGUGUGUUCAAGUGUGACAUCUCAGACUUGUCGCUCAUCUGCCUUCUGGGCUACAGCAUGCUGCUGAUGGUCACCUGCACGGUCUACGCCAUAAAGACGCGCGGGGUGCCGGAGACCUUCAACGAGGCCAAGCCCAUCGGCUUCACCAUGUACACCACCUGCAUCAUUUGGCUAGCUUUCAUCCCCAUCUUCUUCGGCACAUCGCAGUCCACGGAGAAGAUGUACAUCCAGACGACCACUCUGACCAUCUCUGUCAGCCUGAGUGCCUCUGUGUCUCUGGGGAUGCUCUACAUGCCCAAGGUCUACGUGGUACUCCUGCACCCUGAGCAGAAUGUGGCCAAGCGCAACACUCGCAGCCUGAAAGCUGUGGUCACUGCAGCCACCAUGUCCAACAAGUUCAACCCCAAGGUCAGCCUGCGGCCCAAUGGAGAGGCCAAGACUGAGCUGUGUGAGAACCUGGAAACUCAAGGACUUAGCCCCAAACAAACAUACAUCAGCUAUAGCAACCAUGCAGUCUAGCAAAAGUGAAAAAAAAGGCCGCUUCCUAAGAGUGACUUGUGGAAGACAGCGUCUAAAGGUGAACCACUCUUAUGGUUUCCAGAUGGGGGAGAGAUAUGAAAACGGCCUGCGGAUGCCACGGACAUUUUCUGAUCACACAGAAGAUCAUGAGAAGACCCCGAGGGGGAAAAGUGGGAAGUCCAUGACGUUUCAGUGAUGGUACUGUACAUUCCAUACUGUGGCAUCCUGCAGAACGGACUCCUUGCUGGGACCAUCUGCGAAACUCCAUUAAAGCUUAUUUGAAUCUAUUCUACAUUCAGAUGUCAUAUAUCUGAUGUCAUUUUGCUGAAGGACCAAACUUCAACAUCUUCAACAACUUUCAGGUAUGCAUACAUGGAGGGACAGCUGCUGAGCAACGACAACAAAAAAUAAAUCUUUUUCCCAGCAGGGGUUCUCACGUUUUCCUCUUGGUGAUGGCGACAGCAGAGACCAUUGUUUACAGGUGUUGAGCAUGCUGGUUUUGGCAUCCUGUGUUGUGUUGUUUUUUUUUUCUUUUUUAAGGAACAUAUCUGGAAUGCUUUUAAAACCAUGUUGCUGUGUUGUUACCACACUAUGAGCCCUUGUGAUAUCAAAACUGUUUUAGGUGUAUGGAGUGGUCUUUGGGGUAAUGUUCGCUUGUGCUUGAGUACAAAAAUCCUUUAUUAAGUCAACUUACCCUGCGCUGUGGUCCAAAACACUCGAUAGCUGUCACUGCCAACCAUGCUUUGGCAAAAAAAACAAAAAACAAAAAAAAAAUCGGAAAUCACAAUUUAGUAGCUGGGGUGAUGUUAGCUCAUUAAGAGUCUUUUCUGGCUCCCCUCGCUGAAUCCUCUUAGAGACGAUUCAACUACUGAAAAACUAAAACUACCAGUGUCCUGUUUGAGUAAUUAAAAAUAAGGAAAAAAAGAAAAACAGUACGCAUAAAGCUUAUAAAUGACCUUUAGAAAAGAGCUGUAGGAAAGAGCAGGAAAAAGGUACUAAUAUGAAGAACUGUCAGAUGAUAUAUUGCAGCGAAGCAUUUUGUGGAUGUUCUGUGAAUUUACAAUUCACUUCUUAUGAUUUUUCCCUCUGUCUUUUUUCUUUUCUUUUGCACUGUUUGUGUUGCCAAAAUAUGUUCAUGUUGACAGUGAUAAAUGGCAACUUAAUGUGUGUUUCUGAUUGGUAAUGUUUGCGUUUCGUCCUGAAAAAAGAAAAAAAAAAAAAAAAAAAGGAAUCAGAAACAGUGCCUGUACUAAAGUAUUUGUAACAUAAGAAAACUGAGGUAUGUGAAGCAUGAUCAUUUUUAUACAUAAGUUGUUUCUAAUAAAAAUAUUUUUCAAAACGCAUUGUAAUUCUUUCGUUUGUCCUUCA